AAGAAUCAGGGCUGGGCUAAGGAGGACCCGGAUCAGGGACACGACCCCAUAUCGUACAAAGAUUUCACCUGGGUCGGCUAUGAUGAUCCAUAUGCUGCUUAUGAUAAAAGUAAAUGGGUGAAAGACAAUGGUUAUGGCGGUAUAAUCGUAUGGGAGAUCACCCAGGACGAUUUUCAUCCAAAGUGCUGCUCCAAGAGCUACCCUAUGUUGAGGGCUAUUAACAACGGUUUGUACGGCACGGGUAGUGGGCCCGAC